CCAUUAGAUCCGACCCUUUCUUCUCGCCUUUAAAAUUCCCCAAAUGGUAAUUAGGAUCACAUCUUUCUUCUUCCCCUUGGAGGAAAACCAACCUUUCCAUCCGUGUGGGCCACUCGGCGAACCAGAAACGAUUCCACCAUCGCAGCCUAAAAUCUAGUCGUUUUACAGGUGGUUGGGAUAACAAUGGCACUGGUUACUACAGCUGAAUUUUGUGAUGCCAACCCACAGCUCAUUGUGAGUGGUGAACUCCGGGCACUGCAGCCAGUUUUCCAGAUAUAUGGCCGCCGCCAGGUCUUUUCCGGGCCAAUAGUCACGCUCAAAGUGUUCGAAGACAAUGUUCUGGUUCGGGAGUUUCUGGAAGAGAAAGGAAAUGGAAGGGUUCUUGUUGUGGAUGGCGGUGGCAGCCAGCGGUGUGCAAUAUUAGGGGGCAACCCUGUUGUGCAGGCUCAAAAUAACGGAUGGGCGGGCAUAGUAGUCAACGGUUGUAUUAGGGAUGUGGACGAAAUCAAUGGUUGUGAUAUCGGAGUGAGAGCUCUUGCUUCCCACCCAAUGAAAGCUAACAAGAAGGGUGUUGGAGAGAAGCAUGUUCCGGUGACAAUUGCAGGGACAAGAAUCUGCGAUGGGGAAUGGCUCUACGCCGACACUGACGGAAUUUUGGUUUCCAAGAUAGAGUUGUCCGUUUGAGGAUGAGGGUGUUGUUGCUUGAAGAGAGUUGGUGAGGAGCCAUCCACAAUUGCUGGUGCUGGAUGCCAUUUGCUUGUUGUAAUGUAUGUGUGUAUGUUUGUUUGGAAGCUUUGAUCUAAUGCUUGUUGCUCUGUGAAACAUACGAUAGAACUCUGUUGUGCCAUAGAUUGAUGAGACUAAAUUAACAAUAAAUUUAUUUGGAUAGAAUCUAUCCAAAUAGAA